AUCUUGAGUGGUAGCGGUGGUAGCUGAAGCAGAGAUAGAUUUGGACUAGUAUAAAAAGACCAUCACCACGCUAGAGAUGUAUCAGAAAGUGUUGAGUGUUUGUUCAGGCACAACAUCCCAAUCUCAAAUCCAAGAAAUAUGAAGACCCUCAUUGUUUUCGCCGUCGUCGUUGCUGUUGCACUUGCUGCUCCUCAAGUGUCUCGCGUCGUUGAUGCUGACCGCAAUGCCCAAGUCCUCCGUUACGAGAGUGACAACAUUGGUGUUGAUGGAUACAGAUUCGCUUACGAGACCAGCAACGGAAUUGCCCAACAGGAACAGGCUGAGCUGAGGAAUGUUGGAACCGAAUUGGAAGCCCUUGCUGUCCGUGGAUCCUUCUCCUAUGUUGGCCCCGAUGGUGUCACCUACACCGUCAACUAUGUUGCUGACGAGAAUGGCUUCCAGCCAUCCGCUGCUCACCUUCCAGUCGCCUAAGAAGUCCACCUUGGCAUCUUCCUAAGGCCCAUCAGCUCAAGUCACUGCCAAAUGCCACCAAAACUCAAGACACUGUCUUCGGGAAGAGACUUCAAUGUCUCUCCCCAAGUGAUCACUUCAACUUCUUACAGUUCUGUAAAUACCUCCUUCAGUAGUAAAACCACAACAUUUUCAAAGCCCCAAAUGACGAUGCAACAGUUUUUAUAAAGUUGGUGCUUCGUUCAAUAGAGUGGAAUUUUAAAUUGAGAAAAAAAUGAUAUGAAAUAAAAUAGUUUUUUUAUAAAAAAAAAA